GCAUGGCGGGAAGGCGCAUGCGCGGCCGCGCAGGGCAUUGUGGGAGCGGCGGUGGCCGUGAGCCGGCCGAGCGCGCAGCGCCGUGCGAACGGGCGGAGAAGCGCCGCCGGGACGGGCAGCUGGCGCCGCCGGGGCGGUGCGAAAAGCAGCCGGCGAAGGCCAGCCUGGUCUAGCCCAGCCUGACCGAACCGGCCCCGCCGCUAUCCACCCACCCCCGGCAGGUGGGGGAGCGCAUGCGCGUUGCCUGCAGGAAGCUACUUGGUUGCUGUGACAACGGCGUCGGCCCCGCGGCGGCACUGAGGCGGAGCGGGCCGGGAGCUGGCGGGCAGCCGCCCUCGCCCGCCCAUGCCGCGGAAAGCGCUGCUCUGCGUCCUGCAGCUCAACGUCCGCUCGAUAACUUGCCCUGGAGUGCUGCUGAAAGACAAAGAAGAACUUUACCUCAGUGUCUCUGUACUUGGCCAGUACAAAAAAACUCAACAUGUCCCUGCAGCAUUUCCACUCUUCUUUCAAGAAAAACUAGUAUUUGAAAAGGCAUUUGCUGAUGUAGUUGAUCCUGGAGACCUUGUGAAGUUGCUGGAAUUUGACACAGCAGUACUUGAAUUAAUACAGCUUGUUCCUCCAGUAGGAAAAAUUCUAGCUACAUAUGAAGAAAAUACAAGAGAUUUCCUGUUCCCUGACCCUAAGCUUUCCAAUGGGCACCGUGGUUUAAAUCGUGAGAUUUUAAUGAAGAGGUCCUCUUCUUUUACAGGAAUUGCACCAAAAUUGAGAUUUUCUACGAGCUCCCUUAUUACAGAAAGUCUGUUAAGCUCAGGAAGGAGUCACAUACAGGAUGGUUUGAACUGGCUACAUCACUCCACUCCAAAUGGAAAAGUGCAAACAAAGUUACCAGAGAAAAAUAUGUUGUUACCAGAGAAAAAUACGUUUUCACCUGAGAAAAACAGGCACAGCUUAGCAACAAAGAACUACGAGCAGCCUACAAUAGCUUCUAAAUCACGUUCUCCAUCUCCAUACACCAAAAGACGAAUGUGUGAGCUAUCAGAAGCAGCCAGGCAACGACUGGCCCAUUUAAAUCUUGGUCCUUUUGAAUUUAGAAGAGAAACCGAUAAACCUCCAUUUGUAGUUAGACGGAUCGAACAACUUAGCCCUGGUAUUAAACUUCAUACCUGGUGUCCCACACGAGAAGGUACAGCAGAAGCCUGGACUAAUGUAGACCACGAUCCUUCUCUUCUUGGCAGCUACAGGCUCAGGAAAGCAAAAACAAAAUCUACUCAUGGAAAAGACUUUGAGAGUUCUGGUGUUUGCAAUGAGGAUAUGCUUGCAAAUCCACCUGAUAGACAGUCUCGUUCUGCUGGUUCAUUGGAGCAUUCAGCGCCUCCAGCUUUUCAGAAGCAUUCUCCAAGUUCUGUGCUAAAUCGAUCAUCUCUAAGGGAGAGAUUUAGUUCUGGUUGGCCUUCACCAGCAAAUGGAGAUGAGAUACAUAAAAGAGUGAGAAAUAUUUUAAGGACACACAGUGCCAGACAGCGCCUUGUAUUUGAUGAGACCAACUCAUCAAAAGGAGACUUGACUAAGACAAGAGAACCUUUGCAUAAAGCACCCUUAUCUGUGAGCGAACUGCAGAGCAGUUCACCAGUGCAACAGAAGGCUGCUGCCCACUUGGAUAAUGGUGACUACUGGUCAAGUCGUGCAGCUGUAUACAAAGGGAAGCCUCACAGAGCCAUCUUUGAAGAGAGUCUUGAGAAAAUAUACAGAAGCAUGUACCAAAAAGCUUCUGGCACUGUUUAGACUCCUGAUAGCAAUUCACCUGGAAAUACACAGCAUUCAUAUUUGUAAUGAAACCUAUUUUUAUGCAACAAGUUUUUGUAUUCUAUUUUUAAUAUGUAAUUAUGGUUGGGCAGGGUUUUGAAGCAAUGAAGUUUUGAUCUGGAUUGCCAAAAGGAAACCUUUAACAUCACAGAAUGGUCUGGACUGGAAGGGAUCUCUAGAGGUUGUCUAGUCUGGUCCCUGCAGCCAGCAGGGACAUCCCCAGUAGAGCAGGUCACCCAAGGCCCUGUCAAGCCUCACCUCGAAUGUCUCCAGAGAAGGGGCCUUAACCACCUCCCUGAGCAACCUGUUCCAGUGCUCCACCACCCUCAUAGUAAAGAACUUGUUCCUGCUGCUUGCCUCCCACCUUCCCUAAAAAAAUAACCCAGAGAACCAAACAAACAGCAACUAAGCCCCUCCUUGGUUAACCAAGGUGGUGUUGUUCUUUUCAGGCUCUGAAAAGAUAGUCAUCUGAAGACUAAUGGGUCUGCUGGACAUUCCUGUCUGACAUCAACUCAGGUUUCAGCUGUAGCCAGUUCUUUCUCAACGAUUAAAGCUAUUUAGUAACAUAAACAGAACUGGCUUAAGAAGGAAUAUGCCACCAUGUUCAGAGAGGGGGUCUGAAGAGAAAGGUGGGCAUGAGUGUUGAUUUAGAAGUCCCAUCUGGGACAAAGAUAAUUGUUUUCCUGAAAAUUGCUUUUGAAUUAUUUAUUUUUGAGAAGGUCAGAGACUGUGAUACUGACCUCCAGACACCAGCACCUUUAGCCACAGAUUUCCUAAUACUGUCAAAUUUUGAAAGAAACCCACCCAGCCCAGCAGCCUUUGUAUCUGAAGAAAGGUCUUCUUCACACACCCUCUGCAUUUGAAAGUUUCCAGGUUCUCUUGUAUGCAGCCAUGGCAUUUGCCAACAUACUUGUAAUUUUAAAGAAGAUGAAUGAGAAAGGAUGUGAAGGGGGAAAGACUGGAGCUAGUCAGCAUGCUCCUCUCAUACACCCUGUACAGGCCUUCUGAAGUUCCUGCAUCACAAUCCCACCUAAUUUGGAGCGUGUCCUACCCAGUCUGCUGGGAUCUCCUUGGCAGAAAUCACACCAGUUUUGCUAAAGGCCACCAAAUGUUCAUUAGCAGUUCGAUGCUUUCCCUGGGGAUGGAACCUUUUCAGCCUUGCAUUGAACAGAUCCCACAUUAGCAGACCAGGGCAUAUUGCCCAUCUAUUGAAAAGCAGAAUGUUCUGAAAGGGCAAAAGUGUCCAUCUCCUGCUUCCUUUCAGAAUGAAGGGAAAAAACAAAUGCCUGUGCUGGCUCCUUCCCUGACUGAGGCAACAGAUUCAGUUACACCAAUGCCAUUUUACCUGUUAUGAUUGGAUAAAAGAUAAAGCUAGCAGUACAGAUGGCAGAACAUAUGACUGUAACCUGCCAGCAUGCAUAGAUAAACAAAAAGUCGGUCUACUCUGCCUUCCCUCCUUUAAUGCUGAGACAACAUAAUUGAUUUGAGAAGGCAGUUGGUGAGCAAUUAUGCUAGUGGGAAAGCACAUUGAAAGGCUGUGUGCCUCUGCUUCAGGAAAGGGGACUCUCAGAGGAAGUGUCUUGCAUAUAGACAUUUCUAUUCCUUGCAACUGUUAAACCAGUUGAAGUGGAUUAACACUGAUUACUUCCUGUCCCUGAUGCCAUUUAGCACAUUAGUGCUUUCAGAGGGCAUUAGUUGUGCAGUCCUGUGCUGUGGCUAAGUGUUGAGUCACUCCAGGAAGUAGCCAUACACCUUUUUUUUUGUCGCUAGAAGUGCAAAGUAAAACUUAGCCAAGCUGUGCCCUGGUACCCAUUCAUCAGUGUGUUCCUGUGGCCUCAUGUUAGCCCAUAAAGAGUAGUCUCUUCUGCACUGCAGCUCAGGAAAGUAGGUAUGUUCAGAGGGAUCCUAAGUAGGCAGUGCACUUUCUGAGAAAUACUUUCCAAGCUCUUGUUUGAAAAUGAAUCUACUGAAAUCUGAAGGUUGUUGUGGUUUCCUGUAUGUGUUUGAGCCAUAAGAUUUAGUGUUCUUGCCAUUUAAUAUAGAGAUACAGAAUUUUCAUUCUAUAUUAUCUGUGUUUCUCUCCCCAGUAUCACAGCUUAGUAGAAGUUAGUCUCCUGAAGAUUGGCUGUUCCUCCUAGGCCUUAUCUGGUUCUGAGACAUAAAAGUUCCGUUCAAUAAUUUUUUCUCUCCUCAGCAAUUGAGGAGAUUUUGGUCCCUGUGCAAUGUGUAAGAAGGCCUGAAUGCUGAGCCUUUCUUUGGGCAUGGGCAGCAGAAGUUGCCAUGAAUUCAAGACUCGAGCUGGGAAUGAGGAAGUUUGGAGGCCACUGUGAAAACACAAGGAUAAUGUUUGCAAGUGCAGAGGUAUCUGUUUCAUAUUCCUAGCUGAAGAAAAGAAGCCUAUGGUAAUGUGACAGUAUCCAGUUUUUUCAUCAAAGGUGAAAACUGGGUGGGAGAAGAAAAGGAAGUGUCAUAUUUUGGCCAGUAUUAAUAUUCUCACUCUAGCCCUGUCAUAUGCAGAACAGCAGCAAAUGAGGCAGACAGACUGUGAGUGUCUUUGGCCCUGCUCCAGCUGCGAGGGGAGAUGAUGUGUAUAAUGUCUUUCUGAAUCAGCUGCUGCAGGAUGUGUGUUUCUCUCUUGGGUCAGUCAUUCCACAGUUUACAUGCUGUGAUAUAGCAAAGAGUGUUCUCUUCCAAGCACUGUCCUGGAAAUCUGGUUUGGUUAAUGGAAAACUUUUCUCUGAAAUGUGGCUUAAGACCCAAAUUGCUCCAAUCUGUCCAUAAAAUCUGCAAGCCACUUUGCUUUCAGAAGCAUUUGGCCCCUUCCCUGUUUGCUCAGCUAACCCCCUAUUAAUAUGCACACAGCUCAAGUGUUCUGAGCACUGCUGCUCCUUUGCUACUGCACUAUGUGAUAAGUAUAGGUUCAGGCAGCAAACCAACAUAGUAAUAAACUGUAAUUGUUUAGUGCACCUUGCCUUCUAAUGCAAUUUAAAUCCCUUCUAUCAAAUGCAAAUUCUUAGGUUCCUGAGUGGAGCUUUAAAUAGCAUUUUCCAUGCUCAUUCCUUAUCUUUUGCCAUCCACAAAGUGGUCUGCUGGUGACACUGGGGUGGUUUGACACCGCCCCCCCCCCCCCAAUUUUACCUCAUAAAGGAAAGCUGACUACUCAAACCUAGAAAUAAAAAGGCUAGGUAAAGAGUGAAUUAGUGGUUUUCUGUAGAGUCUGUCUCUUUCUCUUGCCCUCUCCAAGUUGUUAUAACCCUUGAGUAUUCUCACUAAAUGCUAUUCAGCAUCUGGUGCCGUUUGCAGUGUUUAAUCAGUGCAAUAUUUUAUUCACUCUAAGCCAGAGUCUGCUUCCUACUUGCUUCACUCUCUCUUUCCCACGAGUGACUUGAUCAGAUUUAGGAUCGUGGGUCGUCUUUAGGCAAGCUACCUGCCUCUGUGCAGUAGAAAUGUAAAUGCUUUGCUGUGUGGUCAUUGCUUUGGAAGCCACUCAGUCACUGAGCUGUUGUGAAUUAAAGGCAAUAAGGCUAGAGUAGUGGGAACAGGUAGGAGCAGCUUUGUAAGGUAAAUGGGCAGCAGUGUUUAUAUUCCCAAUCUAAGCAGCUUAGAAAAUGAAGAUGAGCUUGAAGAUUAUGAGGGCUGUUCUCUGGGUUGUGCAGCAAAUGUUUGAGUUUUACAGUUACUUCAGAGGCUAUCAAAAUGGUGAGGGGGGAAAAAAGAAAGCUACUUAGAAGUGUGGGGAAUCUUAUUUUGGGGAUGAAAUAGCAGAACAUUUAUCUCUGCUCAAUAUUAAACUUCAUUGUUACCUCAGCUGUAACAUGGGGAGUUUGUGCUCUGUUGAAGCUUAAUUAAGCGACUGUGAAGUGCUUUGGGAUCCUGAGGUGAGUAUUACAGAAAUUAUUUUGUGAAAGCCUGGCUGAAAAGUCCCAUCUCAUUGCCAGGUUACUGAAAAGGCUUUAUUUUAAUUUUCCCAGGUUUAUUAUGUUUUAAUCAGACAAUUAUUAGGCAAGUCUUAAUCUUAUCAAGAUGGAAACCUAUUAAACCUCAGAGACAGCUGAAGAAGAUAAUGAACUGCUUUACUACAUGUGCUUUUAGGAGCUAAUCUUUACAGUAGGUAUCCUACUCAGUUUCUUUCUGCUACUUGAUCUGGGUUCAUCUACUCAAACAGUUGACUCUCAUGAUACCUUUUUUCCUAAUCCUUUUUUUUUUUUGUCAUCCUGAUGUUUUAGUGCUGUCUCCUCUGUGUACUAAUCAGCACUAUUCACAUCUAUCACAUUAUUUGCUCUCAUCCUCUUCCCCAGCAGCACGGGGCACAAGGAAUGCAUGCAACUUGACAGUGGAAGAGUUUGUGUGGUGUGCCAUAGGUUUGUCAGUGAAGGUCCCUUCGAAGAUCUCUGCCUUUUCAGUGCAUGUGCAAGGAAAAGCCCUUCUAAUUUUUAAGCUUAAAAGUGGGGGCUUUCAUAGAAUCAUAGAAUCAACCAGGUUGGAAGAGACCUCCAAGAUCAUCGAGUCCAACCUAUCACCCAGCCCUAUCCAGUCAACUAGACCAUGGCACUGAGUGCCUCAUCCAGUCUUUUCUUGAACACCUCCAGGGACGGUGCCUCCACCACCUCCCUGGGCAGCCCAUUCCAAUGGGAAAUCACUCUCUGUGAAGAACUUCUUCCUAACAUCCAGCCUAUACCUACCCUGGCACAACUUACCUUUCUAAUUAAGUAUUCACUUAACUGCAUAAACCAUGCAAUGUGGAAUCUCUGGGUCAGAGGAAAGCCUACUGUGAAGUUAAUUACUUGAGUGAGCAGUAUCAGGGGGCUGAGAGUAUCUCAAGAGAUUUGUUUUACUAGUCAAGACAUUUGGGGAAACUUUGAAGUCAGUGAAACAGCUUUUUCGUUCUAGUGAAAACAGUUGAAGCUAAGAGAGGCAGGAGGACAGCACUUCCGUGGUGAUCUUAAUGAACUACCUCACUGACAAAAAUGCUGUCUGGUUUAGGUGGUCUCUGGUCUUUGCACAGUUCCUUUCAGUUUGAGCAGAUAAAGCACUGUUGUGGGAAGUGACCCAGGACACGUGCUAGCCCUAUUUCUGUUACACAGGGAGGUAUUAAGCACAAGCCUCACCGACUGCAUUGGUUUCUAGCAGUUUCUCCAGGGAAUUCAAAACAUCAUCAACCAAAGCCCGUAAAAGAUGAGGCUGUAGUCGCUUUUGUUAUCAAUAUUGGCUUGCCCAAGACAUGCAGUUUGUUCCCUGUUUGUCUUCAGUGAGAAAUUCUCUGAAGUUCAGGGGUAAUUUGUCUGGGUGGCAACCUGAAGGAACUGCAGUCUUUCUUUUUUCGUGAUCGAUGUGGAGAUUGUGCUUUUUCUUCAUCUGUAUUUCCAUUCAAUUCUGAGUGAUUGCUUCUGACCCAGCAGAGAGCUUUCUGCAGUCUAGGAAGUGGUGGUGAUCUGAGCCACCUUCUCACCACUUCAAGGGCAAGGAACUCGCUGUUGCAAGCCAGCAUCCCUCUUGGUUCAUAAGAAUUUACUGAUCCUGAGGAUGCAGCACAAAAAAAUCUGUUCCGUGGUCAGGCCUUUCCUUUAUCUUGUAGAGCCAAUGCCAUCAAAUGCGCAGGGCUUCACACAAAGUGGGGGUGAGAAGCUGAAAGCAGGAGAGGCCUCUCAGAGUAUUUUGCUGUGUGGCAUGCAAUGAAUUAUGCAUCUGUCUGCCAUGAAUUGCCAGGAUAUGAAAUAACCUGUGAAGCUUACACGUAACAAAAGCACCACUUGUGUGGCUGAACGGUGGUGAAUUCUAAUGCUUAUAUUUGUAUUGUUACACUGACUGGAAGUUUUGAAUGUUUAGCUAAUUGUGUUGUUACUGAGGCUCGGGCGGUAGGAGCUGUUUCAUUCAGUACUCCAGUAGUAAACAUUUGCUAAGAGGUUGCUUUCCCUGCCUGCCUUGUUUUCACCACAGUCAUUUAGUGUUUACACACACUGUAGCCUCUCUGCCAUUUUUGAAGGCUUUAUUUGUCUCAUUUACGUUUUUGGUUUGGAUAAUACUUAAAUAUGAAAUCCAUCUGGGAAACAUAUUGUAUAUUCAUGUUGAGGGGUAGAACCAGUUUUUAAUUAAAAUUUUAUACAGCACUUGUA